AGUAUGAUCAGCGAUAAGCAUAGCCUAUAUAAGCAACUGGAACAAUAGCCUCGAUGUCACUUUACCAUUAUCGACUACCGAGUAACAAGUUACCACUUGAAACACUUGUACAGAUAAGUGUAAUAUAUUCAAUAUAGUAGUACAUGUGUAUACGUUGAAAUAUUAUACAAAUAAGGGACCAGUCAGAACCAAUCUCAUUGGCUAACUUAAAAUUAUAUAUUUAUUUUAUUCAUAACGAGUAAAUAAAUUAACUAGCUCUAGAACAGUUAGCAUGAAGACAGUGUCAUCAUUGGUGUUCUGAAUGAGGAAAAAUUCCCAGAACCCAAUGGAAAUGGGUACAGGCUGCGCUGGCUAACGUGGCUCUGGAAGUGCUAUUAAGCAAUCCAGGCCCGCCGCCGUCAUGCACAGAUGCUGGAUGGUACCAGGGUCAGAUCAAGCUAGUAGCUUGUGAUGACGAAAGAUCGGUCCAGCUAUAUAAAGCCGCUAUAGCGAAGGUGGGAGAGGUGUAUCCCGGAGCCAAGCUAAUAGCCGGUGACAAGAAAGACAUUCCGUCCAGACCAAGGGCAAGAGUUUGGAUACCGGCUACACCAUCACAGCCGGAACAGAUCAUGCAGCUGAUCAAAGCUUGCAACCCAAACCUACCAACGGAGGGUUGGAAAUUUGUAAAAUCAUUCGAAGAAGCGACAACCGAAUCGGGCGUGGAGACCAAAAGGGCCACGAUGCAGAUUCUGUUGUUGCUAACUAACGACUCAAUUGAACCGCUGAACAAAAGUGGCGGCGAAAUUAAUUAUGGCUUCACUAAAGUCAAAGUGAAGACUUACAAAGCAGAUGCCGGCGCUAUCGACCAUCUCACCUCGGAUAACGAGAUGCGUGAGGUAGAGGAAGAUCCAAUGGAGUCCUCGAGCGAUGUCGAUAGCCUCGAACAAGGUGAGUGCUCCUCAGAGUCUGAACUAGCGGGCAGGCUCUCAAAUUUAUAUACCGAGAAAGAGCUUUUAAGCGAUUCUCUGGAUGAUGUAGAUGUAACCUUAACUAAUGCAUCUCUUACAAAUAAAUCUUCACCAUAGCAAACUAGCGUCAGUAGCUCUAAUUAACCGCAUGGCAACAGAUCAACCUGGCUUUGUCCUCAUUCAGGAGCCAUGGGUUAAUGGAGGGCGGAUUUGCGGUCUGAGGACGCCGAAUUACAAAUUAUACGUGUCACACUGCGAAGUGACAAGGACACCACGGCGGUAAGCUGGGAGACGGACAGAGAUAGUUACCGGCUAGUCUCUUGCUACAUGCAGUACGACGAGGAGCAGGUGCCAUCGCUGCUUAUAAAAAGGUUGGCACACGAUAGCGAAGCGUCCAAGAGGCCAUUAAUACUUGGAUGUGACUCAAACGCCCAUCAUUCACUAUGGGGCAGUUCUGAUACCAACGUAAGAGGUGAGUUGCUCUUUAAUUAUUUAGUAGGCACGAAACUCUUGUUGAGCAAUAGAGGCAACGCGCCAACCUUUAUCACUAGAAACCGACAAGAAGUACUAGACAUAACACUUGUGUCGGAAGAGCUGAUAGAUAGAGUAAUACAAUGGAGGGUUCUAGAAGAACACUCCUUUUCCGAUCAUCGGUAUAUUGAUUUUGUACUGAGUGAAAAAGUAGACCGUGAGAACAAAUACAGGAAUCAUAGGAAAACAAACUGGCUAGUGCACAUGCAAGAGCUAAAAAAGAAUAUUCCUACGUUUCCUCCAUUCCGACCUAGGCACAAAGAGGACUUAGACACUUUAGUUGAACGAUUAACGGAAUCUUAUCAGCAA